AUUUGGUUCAAAGUUUUCGUUGCCUCAGUCAAACUCAGGAGUAAAUUGAGAGUUAAAUUAGUACUGUUGAUGCAUGGAAGACCUUUGGCAACAGAUAAGAAGAUAUCAGAACUACUGUGUUCACCAAGAAGAAGCACUCAACAGAGUUAUUGGACUUUCAAUGGUAUGUACAAGCUUAAUGACUCUUAUUCUAAUCCUUGUUCUCAUAUUUUACUGUUCUUGUAAUAUAGAAUUUUGCACUGCCAUAGACACAAUUACAUCAUCUCAACCCAUCCAUGACCCUGAAACCAUAGUCUCCAACGGUACCACCUUCAAACUGGGAUUUUUUUGUCCCGGUAAUUCUACUAACCGGUAUGUUGGUAUCUGGUAUAACAACCUCUCUGUUACGCAUAUGGCUGUGGUCUGGGUAGCAAAUAGAGAAAAACCACUUCACGACUCUUCUGGUACUCUGACUGUAUCUGAAGAUGGCAACCUUGUAGUCAUGGAUGGACAGAGGCAGAUUGUUUGGUCAUCCAAUGUUCCAAAUUCUUCCGCGAAUUCAAGUGCCCAGCUUUUAGAUUCUGGGAACCUUAUGUUGCGAGAUGACUCCAAUGGAAAUAUAAUAUGGGAGAGUUUUGAACACCCUUCUGAUUCUUUCUUGCAAAAGAUGAAAAUUAGUUCCCACAAAUUUACAGAUGAGAGGACUCUGCUCACCUCAUGGAAAAGCUCUUCAGAUCCAUCUACUGGAAGCUUCACUUAUGGUUUGAAUCCAUUAAAUAUUCCAGAACUAUAUGUAUGGAAUGGUAGUCAUCCACACUGGCGGAGUGGUCCAUAUAACAGACAGAUUUUUAUUGGAUUACCUGACAUGGUUGGAUACUCUAAGAGUCUUGAUGUUGUAGAUGAUAAAGAAACCGUGUAUAUAAGCUACACGUCUACAAAUGAAUCUGUGUUGUAUUUUUUCUUGAAUUCUGAUGGAAUUAUUGUGCAGAGAUACCUGGAUAUUGGAAUGGAGAAUUGGGAAGAUACGUUACGGUUUCCACAGAGUAAAUGUGACAUUUAUGGCAAUUGUGGACCUUUCGGGAUCUGCAACACACAGAAUUCACCAAUUUGCACCUGUUUGCAAGGGUUUCAUCCAAAGGAUAUGGAGGAAUGGAGUAGAGGAACUUGGACCAGUGGAUGUGUAAGGAGGAGACAAUUGCAGUGUGAGAGAAACAACAGUGAUGGUGGUGAAAAGGGCAAAGAAGAUGGGUUUCUGAAGCGAAAGACAGUGAAGGUGCCGGCCUUUGCUAUGUGGCUAUCUGUUUCAGAAGACAUCUGCAAAAGCCAGUGCUUGAAUAAUUGUUCCUGUAUAGCUUAUUCGUAUUAUAGUGGCUUUGGUUGUAUGCAGUGGAGUGCAGACUUAAUUGACAUACAGGAAUUUUCCUAUGGUGGAGCUGAUCUUUACAUUCGCGUGGCAUAUUCAGAGAUUGAUAAAAAGAGAAACACAACAGUAGUUAUCACAAUUGCCGUGAUCAUAGGGUCAGUAUCAAUUGCAAUUAUCUGCAUCUAUCUUUCUUGGAGGUGGAUGGCUAAAUCAAGAGGGAGGAAGGCAAAAAGUGAGAAGUUACUAUUUAAAAGACGAAAAGUGAAUGCAGAUUUUUCAAAAGAAAGCACACUUGGAGAUCUGAACCAUGUUAAACUUGAAGACCUACCUCUAUUCAGUUACAUGGAACUGGAAAUUGCAACAAAUAAAUUUCAUGUGGCCAAUAAGCUCGGACAGGGUGGUUUUGGUCCUGUGUACAAGGGAAAAUUGCCAAAUGGACAAGAAAUAGCUGUGAAGAGGCUUUCAAAAUCCUCUGGACAAGGCAUGGAGGAGUUCAUGAAUGAGGUUGUGGUGAUUUCUCAGCUGCAGCAUCGCAAUCUUGUUAGACUUCUUGGUUGCUGUGUGGAAGAAGAAGAAAAGAUGUUGAUCUACGAAUACAUGCCAAAUAAAAGCUUGGAUGCAUUUCUCUUUGAUCCAAUCAAGCAAAAAUUCUUAGAUUGGAGAAAACGUGCUAACAUUGUUGAAGGGAUUGGUCGAGGCCUACUUUACCUUCACAGGGAUUCCAGAUUAAAGAUUAUUCAUAGGGAUUUAAAGACGAAUAAUGUUUUGUUGGAUGAAGAUCUAAAUCCAAAAAUUUCAGAUUUCGGCAUGGCAAAGAUUUUUGGAAGCAACCAAGACCAAGCCAACACUAGAAGGGUUGUUGGAACAUUCGGCUAUAUGGCCCCUGAAUAUGCAAUGCAAGGGAGAUUCUCGGAAAAAUCUGAUGUAUUUAGCUUUGGAGUAUUGUUAUUAGAGAUUGUAAGUGGGCAGAAAAACACUAGCUAUCACGAUGAAGAGUCUUUGAGUCUUCUAGGAUUUGCAUGGAAAUUGUGGAAUGAGGAUAAGAUUGAAUUGCUAAUAGAUCCAACAAUUUCUGAUUCGUCCUUUCAAGUGGAGAUCCUAAGAUACAUACAUGUAGGACUAUUGUGUGUCCAAGAUUUUGCCAAAGAUAGGCCAACUAUUUUUACUGUUCUGUCAAUGCUUGGUAGGGAAAUUGCAGAUCUUCCAACUCCAAAGCAACCUGCAUUUACUGAAAUUCAUGGUUUCUCAGAAAUAGGUUUUUCUCAACAGAGCGAAAGGAGAUGUUCUGCGAACAAUGUAACUAUUACAACCAUUAAUUGCCGUUAGCAUGCAAAUUCUUUUUUUUUUAUUUUUAUUUUAUUUUUAUUUUAUUUUAUCUUAAUAUAAUCCCUUAAGUACACUUUAAUUGAAUAUAAAUAAUAUAGUUAUGUACAUAAUGUUUCCAUCAA